CAACCUCUCAUCACUUCACACAGCUUUAAGACCCAUCUUCUGAAUGGAUUUACGAUGAACGACCAAUGUCUGUGUGUCUUGAAGAGGAGUCCUCCACGCAGCAGGCAAAAGGGGGCUGCGAAUGGCUGCAAACGAAGCCUGGAGCUCUUUCUUCUGACUCUGUCUUUGCUUUCUUCUCCCUCUGGUACUGCAAGUAUCAGAGUACAGAAUCCCCACAAGGAGACGUUAAAUGGGAUCCUGGGAGGCUGUGUGUUGCUCCCUGUAGGUAUUCCCCCCUUGGAAACACUGAAAACAAUUGAGUGGGAUUUCCAGGGGGGAAAUGGUUUGAGAUUUCAGCUGGCUGAAUUGAGGGAAGGAAGACUGGAGAGGCUCAAUCCAGAGGACAGGUUUGGGCCAAGACUGGAGAUGGCCAAUGAGACCACCAUGAGGAUCAAAGACUUGGAAAUGGAUGACAGUGGCAAAUAUUCCAUUAGAGUGAGGUUUACUUCCACACAGUAUGAAGAUUACACUUUCCAUCUCUCUGUGUAUGAACCAGUCCCAGAACCAAAAAUCCUCUCCCAAGUUGUCUCCAAGAGCCCAGAUGGCUGCAAUGUGACCCUGCAGUGUCAGGUGCCUGGAAACGGAGAAUUCAACAUCUCUUGGAAAGGAGGAGAUGCCUUCAGGGACUUAGAAGAUGGUUCAAAGUCAUAUAACCUCUCUGGCAAUGGCAACAGUCUCCACUUGUUCUGGAAGCUCAACUCCUCAGAGCCCAAAAUCACCUGCCUGGUCACCAAUCCAGCAGAUCAGAAAAGCAUCUCCCCCAACUUGCUGCACAUCUGCCAAACUGAAGUCUUUACAGGUGACCGUCAACUCAUACAGCAUUGGAGGUGGGGUUUUCUCAUCAAUUUGCUCCUCUUCUUGGCUGUAUUUGGGAUUAUGACCAGGAAGACAAGAAGGAAGAUGUCACCCAAAGGAGGUGUCUAGGUUGGCCUCUGUCUGCCUUGAGAGAAAAUGGCGUGCUCCUCUGGGGAUGAAGCCGAACCACAGUGUUUGCAGCACCAAAGUGACCUUCCUGUGGGGCAAGACUGACCCCCCCCUCGGCCUGGCUGAUGUGGUCCAAAGGAAAGCAGAACAAGACAUUUGGCGCCGGUGUGGCUGCAGGAGUUGCCAGAAGGAGGUGUACAAGGCGCCACCCAACAGUCUUAGGGACUCCACUCUGGAUUUGUGUAGACUUUAUUCCUUGUUUUAUUCUAGUCCUGAAUAUAUCCUGGCGUAAAAUAAACGAUACAUCAGUCUC